AUGACCCGCGAUAUCCUGAAAGCCGCCAAGUCGGCCUCGAAGUCGGCCUCGAAUGUGUUUCCCAUCGGCCAGAAAUACUCUGUCCAGUCUACUGGAAUCUGGGAGCGCAUUCGUCGUGUCCUUGCCGUGGACCCCGACCGCUCGACCGGUGUCCCAUUGAAUUCGCAGUUCCGCCUUCCAUCUCCUGGAUCUCUGCCUCCCCUGUCCUACGAUGAUCCUGUCACCAUGCCAGCCGGUGAUCUUGCCGACAACCCAUACUGGAAGCGGGACGUCCGAAGGAACUACCCACAACUGAGCACCAUCAGCCAGGCCGAUGCCGUGAGCCUUCUCACGGUCGGCAGUCAAGCCGCCCCCAAGGAUGAUGUCUUGAAGAUUGGAGAAGCGGGGGAGAAGCAAUUGGUAUCUGUCAAGGAACAAGGUGAGGAGCGAGGCCUGGCAGCGCUCUUUGAGAAGGACCAAAAGAACAUUCAGGGUGUGCUGGGCGCCAACGGCCUGCCUCCGACGCCCUGCAACAUCAAUCCUGCUCCCCAGCCCUCGCAAUCAAAAUAUGAGAUUACCCACGAUCAAGGUUACCCUAGCGUGUAUGUGAUCUCGACAACUUGA